AUGCACAUGAUUUGGCUGUGCCAGCUGUGCCUAUUGUCCCUACUAGUGCCUCUUUGCAUUGCAGAAGGCCAAGUGCUCCUGGCCGACAAUAGAACAGAGGCUGACAACCUGAAAGCUGAAAGCCAAAAUGCCGAAAGCAAUGCGCUAUUGAAAGACGCUCAAGCUGAAAGUAUUGGGGGCCAUGGCAUGUGGCUUUUGUUUAGCCUGGUUGUCGUUGCAGGAUUGAUUGUGGAUCAGAUUUGUGGGGCUCAUUUUGCGUCCUGCGGGCAAUCAGUUCGAGGAGCGAUCUUUGCAAGUGCGGGGUGGAUAGGCCUAGCACUUUCAUUUGCCCUACUGAUUUGUGUGACCAAAGGUGCAGAAGCAGGCAUCCUUUUUCUUACUGGCUACUUAGUCGAGGAAAGCCUUAGCGUGGACAACUUGGUCGUUAUUGCACUUAUUUUCCGAAGCUUUCGCAUCAAAGCCCAAAACCAGGGCCCAGUUCUGAAAUGGGGAAUUCUUGGAGCGGUGGUUUUUCGAUUGGUUUUUGUCCUGGCUGGAGUUUGGCUCCUGGAGCACAUGCACAGCAUGAUCUACAUUUUUGGGGGCCUGCUUUUGUGGUCCGCUUGGAAAAUGUACAGCGAAGACGAUGAAGAAGAGAUCGGCCUGGAAACCCACACAUCGGGCAGCUCAUGGAUGAUGCGAGCGAUGACCUCGUUCAUACCGUACCAUGCAGAUGCCAAGGGCCACCAAUUCAUUGAGUAUAUGGAUGGGAAAGCAUACGCGACUCCCAUGCUGGCUGCUUUGGUUGUGGUUGAGUUGAGUGAUUUGAUUUUUGCUGUGGACUCCAUCCCGUGCAUCCUUGGAAUCACGCAUGAUUUGUUCCUCGUUUUCAGCUCCAACAUGUUUGCAGUGCUUGGCCUCAGAUCUUUGUAUUUGUUGUUGGCAGAGGCGCUGGAUAAGGUUCAGAACUUGAAGGUUGGUUUGGCUGCUGUCCUGGCUUUUGUGGGCUUGAAGAUGAUGCUGGGAGACUGGUGGCCAUUUCCACAAUCAGCUUCGCUUUUGAUUAUUUUUGGCAUAUUGGGCAUCACCGUGAGUUCUGGAUUUAUGGGCUUCAAGGGCGCCAGGAAAGCGGCAAUUUUGCCAACAUGA